AUGGCACUGAUAGACCUGGGCAUGUACCUGGCAAAGUCCACCUGGGCAGUCUCCUAUGCGGCGGCGUCCUUUGUCACCCUCGUCCUGUCCUGGGUCGCCAUCACUGGCGCCGCGACCCGUAACCGCAAAAUCAACAUCGUCCUCUGUGUCCUCAGCAACCAGCUCUCGGAGCUGCCUCUUUCCAUCAUGUGCACCGACGCAUGUUUCUACACCUGGCUCCACCUCACCGGCACCUUCCAGGAGUCGCUGUUGGUCCGGUUCUUUUACUACACAAACAUCAUCACGGCUGUUGGACUCCUGUAUCUAUCUAGGCGAUCAUUCGAGGUCCAGGCGCUCGGACAAAAGUUUCUGGAUCAAUUGGCCAAGGAGAGCAAGGAAUGGAUCGAACUUCCUGGUCCCACCACUGCCCGGUUCUGGCAGCAGUUGUUGAACCCAUUCCUCUGGUCGGGAGAUUACACCCUCUACGAGAACAUCCCAUAUUGGACACCAAAGGAACAGCUAAGCGUGCUGGAAUCAGACGGAUGGGAGUCGGCAGCAGAGAUGAGUCUGGACAUUUACAAACCCCACACAGUCGAAGGAGGCGACGACAGGCCUGUCCUGUUUUACAUACAUGGUGGGGAAUGGACAGCAGGAAGCAAGAAAAUCAUUGGACCUCUUCUCACAGAGAUGAUCUCGCAGGACUGGAUAGUGGUCGCGGUGGGCUACCGUUUAAGCACCAAGGCAGGAUACCCGACUCAGUUGCUGGACUGCAAACGGGCCUUGCGCUGGGUCAAGGACGAGAUCCGGAUAUUUGGAGGCAACCCCAACAACAUCAUUGUCGCAGGCGACUCUGCAGGUGGCCAUAUGGCCUGUAUGUUGGCCCUGACCCCCAAUCAGCCUGAGUACCAGCCUGGAUUCGAGGAUGUUGAUACGACUGUUCAAGGAUGUUUGGGGCUCAGUGCUAUUGUGGAUCUGGUCGAUAUGAAUAAUAUUUGUAACCAUGAUGGGCGUGGACGGUUUAUCAGGGACGUUGCUAAGCGUGAAGGAUCCCCCGACUCUGCCGACAAUAUCAAGUUCUUGUCUGAGCAUUCACCCAGGUUCCGUAUCAAGGGUGGCGCAGGAGUUCCCUUUAUGAUCGUCCACGGCGAUCUUGAUACAUUGACACCUGUGCAAAAUACGCGCGCCUUUGUCAACGAGUUCCGCAACAAGAGCAAUGCGUCGAUGACAUAUCUGGAGAUCCCAGGAGGCCACCACUGCUUCCACCUGAUCUCAUCCCCCCGUUCAUGGUACACUGUUAUUUCUGCAGGCCAAUGGUUGACACACCACUUUGACAAUGUUGCGCCAGUCGAUGCGGCCAAGAAGCUCCAGGUCCAUGAGAUUGUUGAAUGGGGCUGGACCGUUUAA